GCAGUCUUCCGCAUUGAUCGGUCUAAUAAACCAAGCUUCGACGCAGCGCCAAUAUGUCGAGGAGUCUGUGAAAUACAUCUGACGUUACAAGGAUCUUUCCAAAGUAAGUCAGUAUGAGAACAAAAACCUCCAACAACACUGAAGUAAGGAUGGUGGUUUUACAACUGCGACAUCAGCGCUACAUUACUGCACUCCUGAGCUCCACUACCAUCUUGUUACUUCUAUACUUUGAAAACUCUCUGUUGGUUUUCACCUACGGUUCUCACAGUUUCAUCUCCAAGAAAGUUCAGUGUGAGUGCAGUAUUUGUGUGACAGACCGAAGAAAUAGUAACUGGUUCAGUAAGCGAUACGAUCCCAACAUUCCAGUCCUGCUCAACCGCACCAACAGUGUGUUACGUGCAAACGUCUCCAGGUGGUGGAUGGAGCUACAAUCAAAUGCCGGCAACUACACAGAGGUGGUGGAUCAGUUGUUUCCUCUCUUCCCUGAUAAAGAGCACUACUCAGACACCGGUCCAGACCGCUGCAGAACCUGUGCUGUGGUGGGCAACUCUGGGAACCUGCUGGGAUCAAAGUAUGGGCCUCUCAUAGAUUUCCAUGACUUUGUCAUAAGGAUGAAUAAAGGCCCGACAGAAGGUUAUGAGAAGGAUGUAGGGUCAAAGACGACUCACCGGAUUGUGUAUCCCGAGAGCGCCAUGGACUUAGACAACUCCACCCAUCUAGUGCUUCUUCCCUUUAAGAUUCUGGACAUUCAGUGGCUCAUCAGUGCCUUCACCACUAAAAACAUCACACAAACAUACACCAACGUGCCAUCUACAAUCAAUGCAAAUAAGGACAAGGUGAUGAUCCUCCACCCAGGAUUCAUAAGAUAUGUCUAUGAUAACUGGACAGGAGGGCAAGGCUUAUAUCCAUCCACUGGUUUCUUAACACUGAUAUUCGCUCUUCACAUCUGUGACGAGGUGAGUGUGUUUGGGUUUGGAGCUACGAGUGAUGGAAUCUGGCAUCAUUAUUUUGAACAAACAUUGACUUCAUUUGAGAUCGGCGUUCAUGCUGGAAAAUUUGAAAAUGAAACGAUCUAUCGGCUCCAACAGGAAAACAAGAUUUUGAUGCACAAAGGUUGGACAUGAAACGGAAAGGCAGAAUCACUCCCUUAGUACAGUACAAUACUGCAUUGCAAAAUCUAAUAUUGAAUUUCGCAGAUGUGUAGCAAAGACUUUCAGCUGAGAUUCCUACUGAGAGAUCAACAUUUCAUUUCAGCUUUCUCACGAGGCACCAAAUCAAAAGAUGCCAGAGACUGCUUCAUUGUUUCUUUUGUUGAGCCUGUCAGGAAGUUCAAACACCAUGGGAGAUCUUUUCUGGGUUAUCAAUCCAUGACAAUUUUCACUAGAGAGUAAAUGGUAUUUUACCCAGAUGUUGGACUAAUAAUUAGUAUUAAAAUGUUAAGUGUGUUUGUGUUUUAGCUAUAUGUUGUGUUUAUGGUUCUGAUUACAUGCUAUUCACUUAAUUAUUAAAUAAUAAAUUAUUU